CUCGGUUCGAUCCGGUGGAGAUGUCGCGAGCGAUCCGCGUUCCACACCAACCACAUCGAGUCUAAGUAAGGGAAGAUACACACGUCAUUGACUCGAAACGUCACGAAGCUGUCACCAAAGGUACGCAUAGCUCCCUACCAGUUAGGAAAAGAGCUCAGAGCUCCUCCCAAUUCCACCGUCGUACAACCUCCAAUUGACAUCCGACAACUACCAAAUCCUCGAACACCUCCAUCACUCACAAUGACAUCCCGAGCAUUCACACCCGCGCUACGCAGCGUCCUCCGUGUCUCAACCCGCGCCACCCCCCGCCGCUUCCUAAACACCGAAACCGCACCCAGCCUAUACACCGCACGCGCAAAAGUCGUCGGCGCACGCGUCGGCCACGUCGAUGGCGAGAACCUCAAAGUUGACCUCACCAUGGCGAAAGCUCUAGGCGGCAAAGGCGACGCCGGCAAGACCAACCCGGAGGAGCUCUUCGCUGCUGGCUACGGUGCGUGUUUUCAGUCCGCGAUGAACGCCGUGGCGCCCAGCGUUAAUGUGAAGAUGCCAACAACGCCCGAGGAUUCGGUGGUCGAGACCAAGGUGCAUUUGGUCGGCAGCAUGAAGGAUCUCGAUAUGGGGCUGCGGGUGGAGAUGCACGUCAAGGUUAAGGGACUGUCGAAGGAGGAGCUGGAGAAGGUGGUGUACAAGGCUAGGCAGGUUUGCCCGUACUCGAGGGCGACGAAGGAUAAUGUGUAUACUACGGUGACUUGUGAGACUAUGUAAGAAGGAGACGAAUACGAAAUUUGUAUAUUAGAGCGUGGCGUGUUUGCUGUCAGCGUGGGUUAGGUAGCUUGAGUUUCUGGUUAUUGGUCGAUGGUGUUGUAGGUCAUUUUACUACCAAAACACCAAGAACCGAGCUUCGGCUCUACAGCAAAGGAUUAUCACCGAAGCUUG